AAAUGGCGCCUGGUAAAACAACGAUGUGUCAUUUCGGAGACGGUCCUUGAGUAGAGAGAGAAACACGGGGAGGAAAAAAAAAAAAAAAGUCGGACCUGCACUGCAAAAACAAAACUUUUAGUUCUGCUGCUGUGAUGGUGAAACGCUCUUAAAUAAUCAUCAGAUACUGCGGAUCACCGUAAACCUUACAUGUGACUGCAAAAACAAUGAGGCUGAGAAUGCGUAAGGCGUCUCAGCAGCCGAACCCCAGUCUGGCCAGCCGCCCAUCUCGUACCAAACGGAGGCACUCCGAAGUCGAAGAAGACACUCCUACUAGUGGAGGGAGGGGGUUGUUCUCGACCAUCAAGAAGUUCAUCAGAGGAAACGCUGUUAAGGUGCAGCAGGAGAGCCCAGCCAAGAAGACACGACUCCACUGUGAUGUGGACAACAACCUGAUCACCUCCACACCUAACACAAAUACCCCCCGGAGGACGAUCGGCAGGCGAGGCUCCCUCAAUGGACAGGCAACCAAUCAUGAUAGGAGUAAGGAGAAGCCAAAUGGCAGUCUGGAGGAGACGACGGCCGUUGAGGUGGUCACAAGCCCCCCCAGGACCACCCUUCUUGGGACCAUCUUCUCCCCUGUUUUUAACUUUUUCUCACCAGCUAAAAAUGCCUCCUCUGGCUCAGACUCUCCAGACCAGGCGUUGGAGGCUGAGGAGAUAGUCAAACAGCUGGACAUAGAGCAGGCUGUGGAGACACCCACCAGCACAGCCACAGCCACGCAGGAAGUGUGUGCCCCCACUAACUUCUACUCUAGUGUAACACAGCUGCCACCUCUGCGACCUCCACACAUCCCCGAGGUGUCUCCCACAGUAGUGGAGGCAGAGCUGGAAGCUGAUGCUGACCUUCCACCUCUCACAGCUCCUGGUUCCAGUCCAGAGAUGGCGUAUGUGGACUCUCCUCCUGCUGUAGUACCACCAGAGGCUUCCUAUGAGGAGGACUGGGAAGUCUUUGACCCGUAUUUCUUCAUCAAACACGUCCCUCCGCUGACAGAAGAGCAGCUCACUCGUAAGCCAGCCCUGCCACUGAAGACACGCAGCACGCCUGAAUUCUCCCUGGUCCUAGACCUGGAUGAAACGCUGGUUCACUGCAGUUUAAAUGAGCUCGAAGAUGCCGCACUUACCUUCCCUGUCCUCUUUCAAGAUGUCAUUUACCAGGUAUAUGUGCGUCUGAGGCCGUUCUUUAGAGAGUUUCUGGAGCGCAUGUCUCAGAUCUAUGAGAUCAUCCUCUUCACAGCCUCUAAAAAGGUGUAUGCAGACAAACUGCUCAACAUCUUGGAUCCUAAAAAGCAGCUAGUGAGACACCGGUUGUUUCGAGAGCAUUGUGUCUGUGUCCAGGGAAACUACAUCAAGGACCUCAACAUCUUAGGGAGAGACCUGUCCAAGACCAUCAUCAUUGACAAUUCACCACAAGCCUUUGCAUAUCAGUUGUCCAAUGGGAUUCCCAUAGAGAGUUGGUUCAUGGACAAAAAUGACAAUGAGCUGCUGAAGCUGGUGCCCUUCCUGGAGAAGUUGGUCGAGAUGAACGAGGAUGUGCGGCCGCACGUUCGAGAGAGGUUCCGGCUUCACGACCUGUUGCCCCCUGACUGAACUGGACCACAGACUCUCGGAACAGGACAACCUAAAAAGACUAAAACAACAUGCGUGUAAAAAGCCCCUCGUUGGAUUACAAACUACAACAUUGCCAUUACUGUUAAAAUUUUGGCCUUUAUUUUUUUAUUUUCUUUAACCCACCAUUUCAUUUUAAAACAAAAACAAAACAUUUUAAAUAUAUGGGUAAAGAUUUCUUAAUAUCUAAAUACAUGGAUGAAAUUACAAACUAUCAACAAGCCCAGGUGAACUCCUCUUUUUGACCGAGCCUCCAGCUGUGGAGACAGAGAUUGUCUCCACACUUAAUCCUGCAGUCUUGGUGCUGGUUCAGUGGAUAUGAAAGAGGAACUCUGCCUCAACGAAGUCCCUGAACCCAAACCAACCCCCCUGGUGCUCACGCUGUUGACACUGACGAUUAACAACACUCUGUGGCUACAGACCAUUUUCAGCAGGAAUGUCUGGCCUGUAAAUGAAUCUGUGCAUGUGUGUUUGUUUACUCCUAGCCACACACACACAAACACACACACUGAUUUGGUGUUUGGCAAUCCUACUAUCUGUAGCCUUUGAAUCAUAUGCAUUCCUCCGUAGCUGAGUCAAGUUUCUAUUGUUGGUUGCAGUUUUUUUCUGGUAAAACUUGUGUUUUAUUGUUAAAAAAAAAAAAAGAUAGCGUUUCAAAAUGUUCUACUUUGUUUGUAAGAUAUGAUAUUUUAAAAGGGGUCAUGUAAGUUUUAUUGUGAAGCCUUUUUCCAAAUAGGAGAACUUGGGAGCGUGUUAAUGAUGACAGUCCACUGCGUAGUCAAAUGAAAUGGAUUCAAAUGGUCUCUUAAGUAUAGUUUGUUCUCAUUGUCACAAAUAGAGGUUUGGAUGAAUUCAUUGGCUUCUCCGUUGGCAACACGGCUCCUUUAUUCAAUGUUAGGAUUAAGACUUCUUACCUGUAAAUCUGACAUAUUGUAAAGGUUUGAGGGCAUUCAUUUUCAAAGUGAUCCAUGUCAAAGUCAACCUUUCUUUUAAACAUAGUAUUCGAUUCUUCAUUUGUCUAUUACCAGUAUUUUUUUUUUUUUUUUUUUAAACAUACUGGCGAGUCCAGAGCAGUUUCUUUUAGUUGUCAUGUGUUAUUUGAUGGCUAUAUCAGUAGCGUUAUGACUAAUGUAGCACAUCUCUGCCAGUGUGUCAUGAAGUCUACCCAUGGUAGGAAUCUAUGGCCAGACCCUGUACCAGCCAUACCUGGCACCAGCAACAUACUUUUCAACCAGUCCGCAUGGCUGGCUGCUCCUCUACCUAUUUCAUAUGUUUUUACUUUGUACUUAUUAGCUUUUUUUUUCUUUUUUUAUGUUUAGGAUUGUGUUUAAGAAUGGUAACUACGUAUACGAAUGUGUAUCUGCCCGACUUCAGCCUGGACAACUCAAAGCCAAACUGACAUUUGACUCCUUUGUUGCUUCAACUUAUUUUUUUUGAAACAGUGAGCUAAACAGUCGACUGAGACGUGGAUGCUGUGUUAGCUUCCUUACAAGCCUAAACCUGUGAGGAAAAUGCUUAUUGCCCAUCGAUUCCAAACCCUCAGGAGCUAACAUGAAACUCCGUUACAAUUUGGCAUGCAUUGUUGAACCUUUUUUCAGAUCUUGGUCCUCCUGAAUCCAAGUGAAUUUUAUGUUAAAGUAAAUACGAGUGUUUGGAUUUGUCUGGGUUGCCUGUACAGUGCCAUAUGAUUCUCCUCCCCACAAGCCCCGGUCCCAGUUUUCCCGUAGUCCCAUCCUCCCCCCAAAAAAAAUAUUAAGAUGGAAAGAGACAAUCAGGCCUGAAAGCUCUUGCAGAUACUGAAACAUUAUCACACCCACUCUAACCCCGUAUUCUUUCAGUGUACCAUAAGUGUUGUGUACUGUGAUUCCAUUGAGUUCUCCUCCUAUGAGUACAUCUGUAGGUUGAAUCCUGCUGUGCCCUACCCAAACAAUCCCUGCUGCUUUCUCUGAAGGCAGGUUCUGUUCAGUGAUGGAUUUCAUCCGGUCAGCACCUGCCCAUCUUUGCCUUUUUGUUUUCACAAGAAGUUAGUAGCUCUCCUGGAAUUAGAAUUAGUUGUGUUCAAGUUAAAUUUAUUACAUGGCACAGUGGUGUUUACUCUGACAUAAUGUUACGAGUACACACGUCCAGACUAUGAAUGUAAAUUGUACAUGGGGGGGGUAAAGUCUUAAGCGUAUUUCUUAUUCCUUGUGUUUUUUUUCCUCGUCAACAAGAACAAACAGACAAGGAGAGUCCGUAGCCAACAUCUGCCAUUCACAUGUAGAAAAGGAGGCAAAAACAAAGUGUAUGGAAGAGGAAAUGCUUAAGGUCCCACCAUGGUUUACCCCUCCCCUAUCCUCCCAUGGCCUCUCACGAUCUUGACUGCCAGCUUUCAGUAGGCAUGCCUCACUGAGUGUAAUGUGGCCCGGGUGUGCUCGUCUCCUCAGUGGGCUGCGUGAAGACCUAAAGUCUAUCAGUCAUGGCUUGUUUUGAAGGACCACUGGGAGGCAUUUAAUACCUUUCACCCAGCUCAUUUUUAAUGUGCAUUACCAGUUUAUUGUACACUAAGUGUUGUACAAUACAUGCAGCUUAAUGUUUUAAAAAAAUCCUUAAAGUAAGGAAAAUCUUUUGUAUUUUUGAUUUCAAAAGGCAUGUCAUAUCUACUUUUUAAAUGUAUUAAUGAAGAUUUAACUUUACUUCAGAUGGAGUGUUUUUUUCUUACAAAUAUCUGUAUGUUUAGUUUAGCGCAAAUGUUACUGAACUGUUAAACUUAGCAUGUAGAGAAUACAGCCUGCUUUGUAGGAAAGUCCUGAAUUAAAUUUUAAUCAUGGCACUUUUCUGCAGAAAUGAGCUAUCGUGUUAAUGAUUUUUAUUUUAUUUUUUUCAAUAUCUGUUAAGCCAUUUUACUUGCAAGAAUUGCUAUUUGUGCUGGAGAUGUAUUUAAAAUGUUUUAAGACAUCUUUGUUAGCCGUCAGGCUACAUGCUAUUGUAAAGUGUAUAUACAGUUACAUUGAAUUUCUGAAACAAAGUUUUAAAGUUAAAAACC